AUCUAGUACACAAGCGUCACAAGCCUGUUCGUUUCAGCUGUUCAUAGUGUUCAUUGUUGCACUUUUUGCACCUAAAACGAGAGAAUAGUUUUGAGCGCAAAAAAUAUAACAAUAUGCCCCGUCUUUGGGAAAGGAAAGAGAACAGAAAAACAGCACAGAAAGCUCAAAUAUCGAGUUUCGACGGCUGAGUGCACAUGUUUGUUAUUAUAACUCGUUCGGUUCAACUCUUUGGACCUUGCAGAAUCGUGUAAAAUAAUUUUCUACCGCAUUUCGGUAAUUAUGAGUUGAUAUAAAAUAAGAAGAAAUGUCUGCGGGUGCGGAACGCCCGGCCUCGAUGCCCUUUCAGGACAGCCAGUACAAUUGGACGGACGAUUUACCAGUUUGCAAACAAUCCGGGGUGGGUUUUUCUACUAAUCAAAUCUAUCGAGAGGAUGGAUAUCGACAGGAGGAGCAUCCAUUUGAGGAUCGUAGCUUUCACUGUAGAUACGACGACUCCACGUUCCUCUAUGCUGUAUUCGACGGUCACGAAGGUACUAAAGCGGCCAGCUUUGCUAUGCAAAGGAUGGCUGCGGAAAUUCUACUCGGACAGCUGAAUGGCAAGUCGACUGACGAAGAAGUGAAGGAAGUUCUCCGGCAAGCAUUCAUAGCAGUUGAGAAAGGAUAUUUGGAAUCAAUUGGUGAUUUAUUAGCAGAGCGGGCUAGUCUGCAGUUCGACAUACCUGAUGGACUGACCUCUUAUGAGACUUAUCAAAAGUUUCCAGACUUGGUUGACAAGCUAAACGCGUUGAACUGCGAGCUGUCAGCCGGGACUAGUGCUGUCGUCGCCUUGGUUUACAGAGGGAGGCUGUACGUCGCGAAUGUCGGAGACAGCAGGGCACUGUUGUGCAAAACAGACAGCAAUCAAGUUUUACGAGUUGUACAAUUAAGCGUAGAUCAUGAUUUGAGGAACGAGGACGAGCUUUUGCGAUUAUCUCAAUUGGGCUUGGAUGUUGAAUCGAUCAGACAAGGAUCUCAUCUUGGAAAUCAAGAAAACACACGCUGCCUCGGCAACUAUCUCGUCAAAGGUGGAUAUAGAGAGUUUGAAGAGCUAACAGCUUCCAUGGCGGAGCCGAUUAUCGCCGAACCGGAGAUCCAUGGAAGUAUCGAACUGGACGAAUCCUGUAGAUUUCUAUUGCUUAUGUCGCGCGGUCUGUAUAAAUCGUUGGAGGAAGCGACCGGUACUGAUCAAGUCAAUAAAGAAUUAGCCUUGAUAGCCGUCGAGCAGUUUCGAGUACAAUCGACUUUAACCGGAGUCUCCCAGGCGGUGGUCGACAAGGUUGUAAGAAUUCAUCACGACGUAAACAUGAGCAAUACGCAGAACACCAUGACCACCGGCAAGCGCGACGACAUAACUCUCCUGGUGAGGAACUUCAACUUUCCGCUGCCGCAUGCAUUGAAGAGUCCGACCAGUCAGUCGGUUAGAUUCAAUCCCGUGGUGCAGACUGCGCCGAUCAGCAUACCUGACAACGAAGACUUGUCGAGCACCGGCACGGGCGUCACAGAGGACAACGUCGACACAUCGACGACCGAAACGUCAACGACGUCGGACUUGUAUCCGGCUGGCGCCAGAAUGGCGGAGCGAAAUGCUAGAAUCAAGCCUUAUGUAGAUUUUUCGGAGUAUUACGAGAACGUUGAGAAGAGAAGGAAAGAGGGGACUCUACCGGAAGGCAUAGACUUCUAA